GAAAGGAGCUCGUGCGGGUUCAGGAGAGGAGACAGAGUCAGACAGUGCGGGCGACAGUUGAGGAGGAUAGAUAAGGAUCAUCGACAGCUUCGACAGAGUGAGUGAGUGAGUACGUGAGUGAAUGAGAGAGAGAGAGUAGUCGUGCACUUUGGAGAAAUGGAUGUCCUCAAGCUCUCUUUUCUCAACCGUCAAUCGGACCUCGUGGCGGGCCGUCCGUGAAGCUCCACUCAUCAUCACCUGAUGCCUCGUUCGCUGCCAGUUUCAGGUUUCCUCUUUACACCUCAACCUCGAAACUCACAAGUCUAAAGUGCACCUCUCGCUUUCCAAAGGGAAAGGAGACGGACAGCGACCGUGGCCCGAAUCCGUCCUUCUUGGUAUGCUAGCUGCUAGUAGAUGCUUGUGAUCGAACUGUCUGCUCUGUCUGGAAAGUUCACCGGUGAUCCUGAAAGAGGAACGCUGUCACUGACCACGAUUCAGUUCAUUUUCGCCUUCUGAUCUCGCAAGGCAAGAACGACGUUGUUUGUAGGUGGGUUUGAGAUUUGCGAGCGACGCCAAGCGGUGAGGAGAAUCUGCAGGGCGGCUGGCCUUUCGCUUGCAGAUGUGGGCGAUGUCAGUUGCCAGAGCAGCAGCAGGAGUGAAGUGAGACUUUGAUGAGAGCAGAGCGGAGCAAAGCAGCCGGAGUUGAAUUCUUGUCCUGAUCGUGGGCGGGCGGCCGGAGAUUGGUGGUGGCUGGCGAGAGGGAGAGUGGGAAACAUGGUAGAGGAUGAGCUGCCCAAGUGCGCAGCGAAUUUCUCGCCUCUGACUCCUCUGACCUUCAUAGAGAGGGCAGCAAAAGUAUACCCGGACAAGGAGUCGGUCAUCUACGGCCGUCGACGAUUCACAUGGAAGUUGACCAUGGAGCGCUGUCGACGCCUUGCAUCAGCUCUGGUGGCAAAUCGUAUCCUUCCAGGACACACGGUGGCGGUGGUGGCGCCUAAUGUGCCUGCCAUGUACGACAUCCACUUCGGGGUGCCGAUGUCGGGGGCCGUCCUCAACACCAUCAACACUCGGCUCGACGCCCGCACCAUGGCGGUGCUGCUGCAGCACUCGGCGGCCAAGCUCAUCUUCGUCGACACGGAGUUCGUGCCGGUGGUGCGGCAAGCGGUGGAGCUUUGGGCCGCCGAGCAGCCGGGGCUCGAGAGGCCUCCUCUAAUUCAUGUCAAAGACGAGGAAGAUGAGGCCCUCGAGGCACAGCUCCGACGAGGGCUGUUCGAGGAAUUGCCCGAGUACGAGGACUUCAUCCUGCACGGACAACCGAAUUUCGCCACUCGCAUGCCCGACGACGAGUGGGACUCCAUCUCCAUCAACUACACGUCCGGGACGACGUCGCAUCCCAAGGGCGUCGUGUACAGCCACCGGGGGGCGUACCUGAACUCGCUGGCCCUGGCCAUGGACUGGGGCAUGCGAGCCGAGCCCGUGUACCUGUGGACCUUGCCCAUGUUCCACGCCAACGGCUGGUGCUUCCCGUGGAUCGUGGCCGCCAUGGGGGGCACCAACGUCUGCCUGCGGCACGUCGCGGCCAAGCCCAUCCACGCCGCCAUCAAGGGGAACGGAGUGACGCACAUGUGCGGGGCGCCGGUGGUGCUAACGAUCAUCGCCAACUCGCACGAGUUCGAGGCGCGGCCCGUGGCGCACGAGAUCGAGUUCAUGACGGCCGCUGCGCCCCCUCCGGCUGCGACUCUGGCCAAGAUGGAGGGGCUGGGCUUCCGGAUGACGCACGCCUACGGGCUGACGGAGUGCUACGGGCCGGCGCUGUCGUGCGCCUGGAAGGCGGAGUGGGAUCGGCUGCCGCUGGAGGAGAGGGCCCGGAUCAAGGCUCGCCAGGGGGUCGGCCAUCUGGCCCUGCCCGACGCCGAGGUCCUCGAUCCCAAGACCCUUACGCCGGUCCGUAGCGACGGAGAAACUCUGGGCGAGGUCAUGAUCAGGGGCCACGUCGUCAUGAAAGGCUACCUCAACAACCCCAAAGCCACCCGCGACGCUUUCCACGGAGGCUGGUUCCACACAGGGGACCUUGGAGUGAUGCAUCCCGAUGGGUACAUUGAACUGAAAGAUCGUUCGAAAGACAUCAUAAUAUCUGGAGGGGAGAAUAUCAGCAGCAUCGAGGUGGAAUCCGUUCUCUACCGCCAUCCUCAAAUUCUCGAGGCAGCCGUUGUUGCUCGUCCGCAUGAGUUCUGGGGUGAGACUCCCUGUGCGUUUGUCACACUAAAGUCCAACUCUGGCCCAUUGUCGGAGAAGGCAGUGGUCGACUACUGCAGAGAACAUUUGCCUCACUACAUGAUUCCUCGGACUGUGGUGUUCCAAGCUCUACCGAAGACCAUCACGGGCAAAGUACAAAAAAAUGUACUCAGGGAACGAGCCAAAGCACUGGGACCCAGUACAGCCGUCAGCAAAUUGUGAAAUCAAGUUCGAAUCGUUCUCUCGUUCGAAGCAGUACGUGUAAAGUAAAUCGGAAUGAUUAUACAAUGGUGAAGUGUCGCCGAUUGACCGAUAUUUCUGAAACGUUCAGCGUCAGAGUGGUUCCGUCAUCACGUCCAGAAGACAAUUUCCUACGAUGGAUGUGCACCUAAGGAAAAUCAUCCAUGUGGGCAUCUUCCGUGCAGGCUGCUCUUUCCUUCCAGUCGGAGUUUAGCUCCACUUCUUCGGGGCUUCAAUUGUAACAGCUACUUCGCCCUCAUCCGUAUAGAUAGAUAGCAUUUUGAAUCAUAGAUUAUCUGAUGUAACCCGUACGCUUGGGAAGUGAAUAAGAUUUGGAAGGUUGUUGGAAUAGAUGUGUUCCGCAGAAUUUGAAAGGAGCCCAUAUCUCGCCUCUCGUCUGCAUCUGCAGAUUGUGUAGUAUUCUCACAUUAGAAAACAAAAAUGAGCCCAUAGCCCAUUAAGAGCUUUUCUCUCAUGUACAUUGCAUUUUCUCUUCUGGAAAAGUAGCUUUGCCAUUUCGUAC